CUCCUCCGAAGCCGCGCGCAGCCCGGAGCGGCGGCCGGAGCGGGUCCCCCGGGAGGAGCGCGCGGGAGCCGGUCCCACCGCGGAGGGGCGGCGGCGGGGACCUCGGGCCGAGCGGGGCGCGAUGGCGGAGUUCCCGUCCAAAGUGAGCACGCGGACCAGCAGCCCCGCGCAGGGCGCCGGCGCCGCGGCCUCCGCGCUGCGCCCGGACCUGGGCUUCGUGCGCUCCGCCGUCGGGGCGCUCAUGCUGCUGCAGCUGGGGCUGGGGCUGCUGGUGUGGGCCCUGAUCGCCGACACCCCAUACCACCUGUACCCGGCCUACGGCUGGGUGAUGUUCGUCGCCGUCUUCCUCUGGCUGCUGACAAUCGUCAUCUUCGUCCUCUACCUGUUCCAGCUGCACUCGAAGCUGUACAUGGUGCCCUGGCCGCUGGUGCUGAUGGCAUUUAACGUGGGCGCCACCGUGCUCUACAUCACCGCCUUCAUCGCCUGCGCCGCUUCUGUCGACCAGACGUCCCUGAAGGGCACCGGGGCGUACAACCAGCGGGCGGCCGCCUCCUUCUUCUCGUGCUUAGUGAUGAUCGCCUAUGGAGUGAGCGCUUUCUUCAGCUUCCAGGCCUGGCGAGGAGUAGGCAGCAAUGCGGCCACCAGCCAGAUGGCUGGCGGCUACGCCUAAACCAGCCGACCACGGCCCGCCGUGGGGCUGAA